AUGACCAUUUUCGACCCAUCCUGUCCCGCGGCCGUGAUUCCCGCCCCGGGAUCCCCGCCGUCGAGCUGUUCCCGGUGGAAGUACCUAGUUUUCGGGGACUGCGUGUGCUCCGCGCGCGACGCCGCGUCGCUCUACUUAGGUCUUUUUAGUAUCGCGUGCUGGGCGGUGGCGGAGGUCCCGCAGGUGAUCGCCAACUGUCAGGCGUCGCGCAGCGGCGUGGAGCUUGAGGAGGUGCCUCUUGCGCUGGUGCUGACGUGGAUCGUGGGAGAUGUAUUUAAUCUCCUCGGCUGCCUCCUUGAUCCUGUCACGCUUCCGACCCAGCUCUUCACAGCAAUC